UACUACCGGUGUGUGGCUGUCACGCUGAUGUCAUAUCUACAUUGUUGAAGGCUAGACGUGUGUUAAACCAAAGUCCUUUCUCUGGUUAAACUCACAAGAAUCCUAGCUUUCGAUACCGGUGUCACUGUUAUUUAGUUUCUGUUCAUAAUUUCAAAGUUUUAAUCAUGAUGCAAUUCAUACUCGGCUUCACUCUGGGGAAUGUGGUUGGCAUGUAUCUGGCACAGAAUUACGAGGUUCCCAAUGUUUCAAAGAAAAUCGAGGCCUUUAAGAAGGACAUGGAGGCCAAGAAGAAACCCCCAGAAUGAGGGACAGGAGACCAGCCCUGUGGGCAAAUAUGGAUAGUUGUAAUUAACUAAAGAUGGACAUUAAAUAACAAGAAUAUGUAAUCUAGUAUGUGUUAAAAUAUGGAGAUUAGCCCUCAAGGUGCACAGUAUAUUCCUUGUGUCAAAUAGUGCUUCAAAAUCAAAUUGUUUUGAAAGUUGACAUGUUCUGCAUUUUGCAUUGUACUCUCUCUCUCUCUCUCUCUCUCUCUCUCUCUUUCAUUCUAACUCAGGGUGAAUUUGUUUACACCUGAUUUAUUUGCUGUUAGAUUUGGGAUAGUUAUUCAUUUAUAUAUAUUAUAUAUUUCUGGGUUCAGAAACGGCUUGCAGUGUGAUGUAGUUCUUGGGUUUCCUGUAUUUAUGGAGAAACAAGUUUUGCAGUGCAAAUAUAAACUGCACAUAAUAAUCAGUUGUUCAAAAUAAAUGACUGCAAUUUUCAUAAAGGCUUCUCAAUAUUUUGCAAUAAAGGUGUGAGAUUACAUACUAAUAAAAUGUCUGUUUUAA